CAGGAGACACGGGGGGGACAGGGGGGACAGGAGACACGGGGGGGACAGGGGGGACAGGAGACACGGGGGACGCAGGGUACGCAGGAGUCGCAGGGAGACCGCGGGAGGGAGGCGAUCUCCGCGGGCCUCUUGGGGCUUCUGAGACCCGCCGUGCGAGACGUGGACGAGAGCGUGAGGGCAGUCAGGGAAUCGCAGAUGGAUCUCCGAGAACAGAUCGAGUGUCUGGCUGCAGAGCUGCGCAGAGUGAGCGAGGAGCAGGCCGGGGCUCCAGACCUCGACGUUUACGUCAAGAAACUGCUCAACGCGCGGAGACGCGUCGUGCUGGUCAACAACAUCCUGCAGAACGUGCAGGAACGUCUAGCCAGACUGAACCACAACGUGUCGCGCGAGUCUGCACGGAGACGCACAAUCCUGGACCCCUCGGAUCCUCCGCUCCCUGGGCCCGUGUGACUGCCCCCCCCCCCCGCCCUCACAGCCACCACUCCCUGCCACCUCCCGUGUACCCAUGAUCACUUCUCCACCCUUCAUUUAACGAUCAAAUAAAGUGUAAUAUCUA